GGCGGGAACGCGAGGAGUGAAGUUGUGUGAUUUGUUUUAUUUUGUCUAUUUAGUGUUUCUUCGGGUUUAAAUGUAUAAUAAUGGUGGUUUAUUAACGGUUUAAUAUCUGUGAAAGUGCACAAAUGUGGGAAAAUGAAACAAAGCAGCUGGACGUAACUUUUCUGGAUCCUCCAAAAAGUCCACUGAAAAAAUUUUAUUUGUACGCUGUUAGAUCACGAAAAUGGAAUCGGACCCUGCUACUCACAGCGAUUCUCACGAUGGCGCGGAAGUGUCGCCUCAAGCCGAUAACCAGGAUAACCAGGUUGCCGAUACUAUCGAUGAUUUGCCUGACAAUAAUUCAGCAAGUGACGAUGUGACCACUGAGCCUGAGGAACUUGCUGCGAAUGGUGGUCCAACUAGCAGCAGCGAUGUUUUGGACGUAGAGCCUUCUAUUGCACCUCCUGCUCAGGAAGAGCAUCCUGUAGUUGAACAAGGUAAUGCAGAUGCUGAAGAUGAAAUGGACAUAGAUGAAACUGCUUCAGGUGCUAUGAACGAGGAAUCAGCGUAUAUCGGAGAUAAUUGUCUUUCUACACCUGCAGAUACUGAAGAGAAUUCGCCCCAAAAUGAUCAAGACAAUCAACUAGAUUCUAUGAUAAAGGAGCCAGAGUCAGAAGAAGCAGAGGGUCUAGGUGAUGCUGAAGAGUCUCCUGAUCAGUCUAUCAGUUCUGCCAUUCUACCAACAGAUAGUGGUGUAGGUGAAGUUGAAGGAGCACCAAGCGUUCAAGAUGAUGAAUCAAGUACAAUGGAUGAAGAUAUAGCUGAAGGAGGGGUUGCCAGCAGUGAUGAUGUCAACGACAUUAGUAGUGCCGCACAGGAGAUACUCAGCACUGGAAUAAGCUCGAGCACUGCAGAACCUGGAUCAGACAUUUCAAGCAGCGGCCAAACAGAGCCGUCAUUAAUAUCAUCCACAGCCAAUGGUCCAGGCAUAGUACAUUCGUUUUCGCUCACUCCUCAACAGCAGACCACAAACGAAUAUCUCAAAUUUCUAUCGAGCAGGUUCGGCGACGCUGAUACCUCGGAGAUGGAAGGCGCCGCCGACACGGCACCCGCGGGCAGUGAGUCGUCCAUGCCGCUUCUCACCAUGACGGCCAACGGAUCCGCCGCACUCAUCUCGCCGACCUCGACGCCGACGUCUACUCCGAUCCAAGGCGAGGAGGGCGGGGCGACGUCGGUGUCGUCAUCGGUUGGUGCGGCAUGUGCGGCGGAUGCGGCAAGUGAUGUCGGCGCGGCGUCCGCUGCGAGCGGCGAGGCGGAAGGAGCGGUGAGCAGCACCCUCCCCUCCACCAUCGCUGCGCACGCUCUUGCCACACUCGCCAGUGCUGCUCUUCACCAUCACGAACAGGCCGAACCAGAAGAGCCCAAGAAACACGACGAGGACGCUUGGUACACGGUUGGCAUCGUCAAAGGAACUACGUUUACGGUUCAAAAUUAUAUAUCGGAUCCAAACAUAGACUUGUCUAAUUUAUCUUUAGACAGUCUUCCCGAUUUGACCGGGCUGCCGACGACGCCCUUAGAGCAUGGCACAGCCUAUAAGUUCAGAAUUGCUGCUGUGAAUUCUUGCGGCCGAGGAGAGUUCAGUGAAGAAUCUGCAUUCAAAACCUGUCUGCCGGGAUUCCCCGGUGCGCCGUCAGCUAUCAAAAUAUCAAAAUCAGUAGAGGGCGCACAUUUGUCCUGGGAACCACCGCAAGUUGCCGCCGAAGGAAUUUUCGAAUAUUCGGUCUACCUGGCGGUGCGCUCCAACACUCAGCCUAAGGAAGCGGCGAAGUCGCAGCUGGCGUUCGUGCGCGUGUACUGUGGCAAGGCGAACACGUGCGUGGUGCCGCAGUCGUCGCUGAGUGCGGCGCACGUGGACUCCUCCACCAAGCCCGCCAUCAUCUUCCGCAUCGCCGCGCGCAACGAGAAGGGCUACGGCCCCGCCACGCAAGUCAGGUGGCUGCAAGAUAUUAAAUCCACUGGUGUGAAAAGAGCAGGAGAGGGAAGGUUACCGGGAGCGUCCCCAUCAAAGCAACCUAAACAAAUAGUACAUUAAUUUUUAUUUUUGAUUGAUUAAGACUACCCGCAAAUUUUAAUAAAUAAGUUCAUAAGAAGUAUUCGUUACAUCGUAGUGUUAGUUGAACAUUCUGAUCGACGAUUCGUCUUGUAACAUUCAGUGAAAUGAAAUCUCAAUAUCUAUACAUAUAUAAUAAAAUUCUAAAUGGAAAUAUUAAAACGUUUCCGGGGGAUUUUUUUUCAUUCAUUUUUAAAUACAUUAUAUGUUGCGUUAUAUUUUUUUAAACGCGACACAUUAAACUUAAGAAGCUGUGCCUAAAAUUAUAGACUUAAUGAGGAGACGACUGACUUAGGAAGGAAAAUAAUGAAAUUGUUUUUUACAUAUCCGUGUGUGUGCGUUAAAGUAAUAUGUUAAUUUUGUUCUAAAUAGAGAGCAGAAGCGCAAUAAUGAUAAUUGUAAUUAAAACCAUAAAAUUACCACCGUGCUUCACUGACGUUGUCACAACAUAGUUUUGUUGUCACGUUUUGGGAAGUGGUAUGAAGUACAAUAAGUGUUAUUGAGACAUUGGACCGUAUUAAUGAUACAGUGAUACAGUGAUCGUGGCAAUAAGCUUAAGGUUCGUUUAAUGGAAAGAAAAACUAUAAAAUGUAAUUUGGCUUUUAAUUAUUAAUUACAUAUUAUUGAGUACACUA